CUGUUAUUUGUCACGUGUUUAUUGUGAAGAUGGCGUCUCCAAAUGGAGGUGAUGAUUUUGAGUCCUCAUUGCUUAGCUUUGAGAAGUUGGACAGAGCAUCACCUGACCUGUGGCCAGAGCAGUUGCCCGGUGUUGCAGAAUUUGCUGCAUCUUGUAAAAAUCCCAUCACUAAUUCACCCCCCAAGUGGAUGGCUGAACUAGAGAGUGAAGACAUUGAAAUGUUGAAAGAGCUAGGCAGUCUGACCACGGCCAACCUGAUGGAGAAGGUCAAAGGACUUCAGAACCUUGCGUAUCAGCUGGGAUUAGAAGAAUCGAGAGAAAUGACCAGGGGGAAAUUUCUGAACAUCUUGGAGAGGCCCAAGAAAUGACACGUUAUCUUUUUAUUUUCCUUUUUUUUAUUUUUUUUUUUGCAAGCAAACAGCAAACUUUGGACUACAAGAUGACCCUGCCUUUACUCCAAACAUGUUGAGAUCUCGACAACAAACUUCAAAGACUUUGCACUCAGACCUAACGAGAAGCAACAUGCUUCCUCGGUGCACCUGAUGUUCUCUUAGAUGCCUUCACAUUAAAGUACACUUUGAAAUGUUUCACUUCUCACUCAGUUUAUCUGUAGCUUAUUGAUGCAUUGCUCACUAUUUAUUCGUGUUUCUAUUUCAAACAUGAUUUACAGUAUUUUGCAAUUUGUGAAGUUGUAUAAUAAAGUUUUAAAGCCAAAA